UGUACAGUAUUCGUAUCUGUCACUGAUUCCUUUUGAUCGUGAUUUUAAAAAACGCAGGAUAUUUCUUUCAUGCAAAUCUUCGCUGUGACUUUUUGUACGUAAGGGAAAGCAGAAUUGAGGUUUUCGUAUUACCGACUUCUGCUUCCUUUUCCUUCUUUUUUCCUGACCAAGGCUUAAAAAGGAUCCUCGAUGGAUAACAACCCAUUUCGCAAACAACAGCAAAAUACUGCUGGUAGUAAUGGCAACUACUUGCCAUCAAAUAUGGGAAACAGCACCCCUCAACAACCAUUCAGUUCUAAUUACAACCCCACUGGAUAUGGUUCUCUAAACCCUUCACAGUCCAACUUCCCUAAUCAACAGCAACAACCUUGGGAAUAUCAACAAAACUCUUCAAACUCUACACAGCCAACACCUGCACAUAGUACAAUUUCUUUAUCACAGAAUCAACCGUUCAUAUCAGAUACGUAUUCCCAAGCACAACAACCCUUCUCUCCUCCUUUACCCACUUCGGCUCAGUCUCCUCAGCAACCUACAAGUUCUUUUGGUAUAACAUCAUCCAUCUCUCAGCAGCCAUACUCGCUCAACAGUUAUGCCCCACAGACUAGUUUUGCAAACGGUUUUUCAACAGUUCCCUCUUCAAACGAUUUCUUGUAUAACAAUAGUAACAAAACAUCCAUGAUGUCACCCACCAGUAAUACGCCUACAGUAAUGAAUUCUAAUGCUUUUAGUGCAUCAACUAGUCCUUUUAGUAUGCCAACACCUCAAUCUAAUGUAAAUUCAAUGUAUAACAGCAGUAACAAUCAGUUUCAACAGCCAUCUUCAUCCUAUCAACAGCCAAAUCAGCCUUUUCAUUUUAUGCCUCACUUAGGUAUGACAAACAAUGCUCAAAAUGGAAUGCUUCAACCUCAGCAACAGCAGCAGCAGCCGAGACAUGCGCCCGUGGAUGCGAGUACUUUGUUGAAGGGAAACCAGAUUCGUAAAGUAGAAUGUCCUGUGUGCAAUAAAAUGCUUGAAGGCGACGACAUAGCUAUCAAUUAUCACGUGAAUCAGCAUUACAAUUAGUUCUUAAAAAAACCCUUCUAUUGGAUAGACAUUGCGAAAUAAAGACCUAGGGAUUCGCUCCCUUUCAUAGAACAAUGUUUCUAAAAAUUAGGAUGGAUCAGUUGAGAUAGUUAGAAAAGAGUCUACAUAGAAGGCAUCAAGAGCUAAUCGAUUGCUUUCCGUCUGAAAUUCAAUACAUGUUCGCUUGCUUGAAACAGAGCCGAUAAAUGAGGAUAGAAAAACAGACAUAGGCCCUCAUAAAAUAAAGCGCCAAUCAAAAAAGCAAAUUUUAAAUGCAACAUGGAG